AUGAAGUGUUUGCUAAUCAAUCUUAUUGUUUUCGUAACUGCUGUCAAUAAUUCAGAUACAAGGAAACCUUUGUUCUUACCACAAUUACCGGUUGGUAUAUACCGACUAAAUUUCUUAGGAGUUACGCGCUGUGUUUCCGACCAGAGGAAUGAAAAAUUCAAAUUUCAAUAUUACUUAAGCAAAAAGUCGGCCAACAAAACAGAAAUCAAAGGAAAUAUUACCAAUUACAUUCCAUUUGAUGAUUCUUUUAAUUUGGAAUUCAAUAUGGCGAUAAAAGAUUCUAUUGGUGGUUGGAAGGAUAACGCUUAUAUUCAUAAGUCACCCAAAGCUUGCUCGACACUCAAAAUGUUCCUCGGAGAUGCUUGGAUUCCUGUAAUGCAGAGUUCAGGCAUCCAAAACGUCUCUUGUCCUGUACCAGUGGGUUUUUACGAAGCUACUGGCAUAGAUACUGAUCUUUUCGGUACCGCCAAUUUUCCAAAAACAUUAUUUUAUGGAACUUACAGAUUUCGUUUUUCUAUUUCCAAAAAGGAUGAAGUCUAUGGAUGUUUUAUACUAGUUUUAGAGAUUAAGCGGCCGUGGGAAUCUAAUAAUUAA